AUGGCGGACGAUUCGGACGAACCCAUGGACCCCGCCAUGGACGAAGAGGAGGACGAGGAGGAUAUUGCUGACUUGGAAGAAGUCAAGAUUGCCCUGAAGCCUCGCUGCAAUGUUUUGGCCUCAGUGAAGGAGUUUCGAACGAACAAGAAGAUUGGGUCGGUGGAAUUGGACAUUUACAAGAAUUGGUUAAAAGAUGCCGACGACGAACACGUCUUUGCUCUGUUUGAUUCGUUGGGUCAAAGCAAGUCGGUUCGAUCCUUGACCGUUAUGAGCAAAGGAUCGGCGACACAGUCUCUUCCCGUCGCCUAUCUGUCGCACUGUCUCAAUGAAGCCACGGGGUUGCGAGAAUUCAAGUCGGUUCAUGUCAAAUGGAAAGGAGACAAGGACGAUUUCGCCAUGUUGGCCGAUACGCUCUUGGAUCAUCCGUCGUUGCGCGUGUGGCAAUUGCACGUCGAAUCCAUGGACCCCUACGAACGCGCCAUUGCCGCUGCCGGACAAAUUCCGACGCUCCGCGAAAUGGAAAUCCAAACCACCGAACCGGCAAACGACAAGGCCGGAUUGACCAACGCCUUGAAAUCACUCUGUACAUCCAAAAGUCUGCAAAAACUACGACUCAUUCACGUCACGGUCAAAUUCGAAAUUCUCUCCAAUGUGGCGCGACUGCUGUGUUCCAAUUCGACGCUGCAAGAACUCUUCAUUCAAGGCACCGAACUCGAUAUCAAUGGCGGCAUGGCCAUGGCACAAAUGCUCACGGCCAAUCACGGAUUGCACAAGUUUGUCCUGCAAUUGGACAAGAUGACGAGCGGACAAAAACUAGGCGAGGCAUUCAUUCAUGCGCUGGAUACCAAUACGUGUCUCGAGUAUUUUCAAAUCAUUCUCGAUGGACGCAUGUCCGAUAUGAAAGUGGUACGAGAUAUGCAACUCAUGUUUCGAGAUUCGCUGCGACACAAAUACAAAGUCAGCUCCCAGGUGGGACUCUCCAUGGGGGUCAUUUGUCAACGGAAAGACGAAGAAUCAUGA